CAAAAAAGGCAUCAUAUGCAAAAACAACAACGGGUACAAGUAAUUAUUAAGUCAAAGCAUACCAGCUUAAGAAGUGCGAAACAACGCCAAAAAUCUGCCUAAAAAUUAUUGUAGUCAUCAAAUUGACUGCGCUCUCGCUCAACCACAAGCAUGCGUUGGCGCUACACAAGUUGGCCGCCAUUGUUGCCGCCCACUAAAGCCAUUCGGUUUCAAAGUUAAUGCAAACAAGGUUUCCCCGCAUUCAUCACUCAUUCCUUAAUUGGCGCACACAAAUAGGUAUGCCGUGAAUGCAGUUAAUGCUGACAAGCGAAAAACAUAAGCAGCAGCAACAACAAUAACAACUAGAUUAACAUCAACCACAAAGACUAAGUCUACAUACACAUCAGGCGAAAGCCAACCAAAAAACCAUCAAUGCAGUCAUCAACGCCAACACGCACAGCCACAACAAGACGUUACAACAACAACAACAACAACAACAACAACAACAACAACAAUACGAAAGCAUACAUUAUGACAAUGACAAGAGCAACCAUAGCUUGCAACAAAACAAUGGCAGUUAGAGGAGCAAGUGGCAGCAUAUUUGUAAGCAUUGCUUUGCUAUUGCUUGUGGCUUUCUCAGGGAAUAUGAAGGUUGUCUCAAUGGCGGCGGCGGCGACGGUGGUAGGGAUAACGGCCGAGGAGACGGUCAACAACACGAACACGCGCACGCAUUUACGACACUCUGCCGCAGGGGACUCUGUCACAGUUGCUGAUGAGGCCGUUACAACAGCCGCAAUGACUUUGAGGACAAACACAGCUGCAACUGUUGCUGUUGUACAGUCAUCGCCACGCGCACAGCUGGCGCAAGCGAAAUAUUUGAGAUUCGUUGCGAAUGUACUGCUCGACGACGAGGGUGGCAGUGGUAGUGGUGGCAAUGGCGCUAAUGGCGGAAGGGGUACUGAUAGUAGCGGCAGUCUUGGCGGUCUUGGUGGUUUUGGAGGUGGCCUUGGCGGUAGUGGCAACAAUUUAGUUCCUAUUAAAUCGGCGGCAGCAGCAGCAGUUGCUGCUUCUGUUUCGGCGAAAGCAUUCAACGAUUCUCUAGCAUCUGAGGUCUUAUCGACGUCGGCGUCGGAAUCGACGGCGGAAUGGACGACACACAUGGCGUUCGUCAUAGUCAAAUGUUUCGUUAUUAUACUAAUCAUACUCGCCGCCAUACUUGGCAAUGUGCUGGUGAUUGUGUCCGUUUGUAGGCAUCGGAAAUUACGAAUCAUCACGAAUUACUUUGUGGUUUCAUUGGCUGUGGCGGAUAUGUUGGUGGCGCUUUGUGCAAUGACAUUUAACGCUUCCGUUGAGAUAACGGGCAAAUGGAUGUUUGGCGCCUUAAUGUGUGACAUUUGGAACAGCUUCGAUGUGUACUUCUCAACGGCGAGCAUUAUGCAUCUAUGCUGCAUAUCUGUGGAUAGAUAUUAUGCAAUUGUGCAACCACUCGAUUAUCCACUGAUCAUGACACAGGGUCGCGUAUGUGUUAUGCUUCUAAUGGUCUGGAUAUUACCUGCCCUGCUCUCCUUCCUGCCCAUCUGCACCGGUUGGUAUACGACGGCCGAAAAUUGGAAAUAUUUGAAAGCCAAUCCACAUGUAAGUACCCUUACACACACGCACCUGCAUGCAUACAUGCAAAUUAUUUGGCAGCAUAAAUAAAGAAUGACGCUUUGAUGGAAAAAAGUUUGUUGCUAUUGCAUAUAUUACAUUGAA